CAUCUCUGAGCGUCUCUCACUAUGAGCAGGGGAGAAGGAGCGCCGACAUAUAUACAAUGAUCGCAGCAUCUGGAAACGAAAAUUCGGAAGCCGACUUUCCCCAGUCCGAAGCGGUGAUCUGCCCCGAGUCUCCCGUUUCCUUGUCGCCGGAAAACCGCGAGCUGUUCAUCGGAAACGCCUCGUCCAGGCGGGAUACUCAGACUUCCACCGGCAGCGCAAACCAGCAGGAAAGCAGCACCGAGCGCCUGGUUUCCUCGGCAGCUCUUGCCGCUGCCUACAUCAUGACAUCGGGGGAGUUCAUGCACACCACUCCCUUGUUCGUGCGAAGAUCCAGAAGGAACAACCUCUACAAAAUCCUCUGCUUCCUCUUCCUCCUCUUCCAGGGUGGAAUUCUAGAUUUCUACCUGAUAGUGUUCACUGAUCUCUACUGGUGCUCGUGGAUAGCCACCGACCUGGUGGUGAUGACGGGCUGGGGUAUUUUCUUUCUGAAAAACGCAAGGAGCAAACGGGAGCGAGCCUGUGGUUUUCACCAGAAGAGCUCAAUAUUCGGUUGCAACCUCGGGGAGUUCACCUACUCCUACCUCGCCUGGCUUAUAUACGUCAUUGCGUGCACCCCGAAAGUGGUGCUUAUUUUGGAGACGUCGAUUUUGGACCUGAUCACGCUCAAAGUCCCGCUCGGGAUCACCGGCUUUAAGAUAAUCAUUACACUGUCUGCACCGCUGCUCUACUGCUUAAUCAAUUCAGUCAUCGAGGACUUUAACGGGGCCACGCGCUACCACUCCCAAAGUUGCUUCCUAAGCACCUGCAUGGAUAUGCUGGACAGCUUCACCUUGAUCGAGAUGGUCCUAAUGAACGAGAUUCCUACUGUGUACCUUAAGUACACGGUCAUAUCCGUCUAUUUUAUCGCGCUGGGCGUCCCAGUGCUCUGGUUGUAUGAGCUGACAGCCUCCCAGAUGCACUGUCGGUGGAUUUGGGCAAGGUUUCUCUCCAGCGUCCUGGUUAACGCUCCCCUGCUUGUCGUCAGGUGUUUCCUGGUUUAUGUUUACAAAAUGCCCGUUUCGGUGCUGAUGUUUAAGAACAUAUUCUUCUUGGCUUGUAAGUGCCUGGAAUUGGUCGAGCAAUGUCUAACUGUUAAGGGAGCUCGGAGGUACGCCAGUAACCAAACUCAAGUGUCCCACUGCGUCUCUGAAAACGACAUGUGCCCACACGGCUAUGUCAAUACCUUGGCAGUUAACACCCAAUCUUAAAUAUAUCCGAGAGGGGAGGGGAGAUAAGGUAUUGCUUUAAAAGUCGGUUAAGUGGGACCAUUGAAAUAGCCUUACACGACGGUGUCUACCUGCAAAAUAAUUUCAACCGGUGCUACAAUCAAACACUAUAUUAGCCAAUUUACUGUUAUUAACAUUUAGUAUCUGGCAAUGACCACAGAAAUCGACAUGAGUUGCCUGUACUGGAUAUUUUGUGAUAUGAGAAUUUUGUGCGUUAUGUGGUUUGAUUGAACUCAUGAUUUGCACUUGUACAGUAUGUUGCACUUUAAUGGAAUUUAACAGGUGUGUCAUUGAUCUAACGUGAAGGUUUUGAGUGCAAUGUCUCAAAGUGACGUGACUGAAUACUAGUGUUACGGUUCAGUGUGAAUUAUUAUAUAGCUACUAUAAUCCUAAUGUCUACAAAAACAUGUUGCAUUUUCCAAAUUUCUAUUUAAUACACUUCAUCCGCAAUGGGAACUGCAAAGCGCGCUUUGCGUUAAACUAGUUUGUGCGUCUUCUAUGUUGAAUAAAUGCGUUUUUGUACAAUUGGGCUCCCCACUGAGCAGUGGACGUCGUUUCAACGUCUCGUUUAUGAUUUUAGCUCUCAUAUAACUCAGGAUCUGUCCAGCUAAGCAUAGCACACUUUCAGCCCGAGCACCGUAAUAAGCAUUAUGUAUUCAUUUUAUCGAAUCCGCCACGCGCAUUGAUCAGACGCAUUGGAGAACUGUUGAAAAAUGUAGUUUCAUCUUUUUAAUAUGCCACUCAACUGGGCCCGACACGUUUUGCGUCUCUAUGGUUUUUCUGUCACAUAUUCCCCGUGCGGUUAAGCUUAGCCCACUUUUAGCCAAAGCACUAAAAUAGGCAUAAUUCUUUUCCCUUUUUUUUGUUGCCAAAACCAUUAAUCAGAUUGGGGAGCUCUUAACAGUUUCUUUUUUUAUCGGCUAGCAGUAUUCAAAAGAUAAUGAGGUCAUCGCCGACCCCUGGAAAACUAAAAUUAAAAUGGAAAUUGGGUUGAUGAAUAAAGUCUCCUUUGUCACAUGAAUUUUAUUCCAGGAAAAAUGGUAAGAAAUAUCUCAUGCAGAAUCCACAUUUUAAAUGAACGGAUUCUAAAACCGAGUUCCCAGUCUUGUUACUUAGUAACUGAAAUGGCAUUCAAGUAAGAUGUAUGAAAAUGUAAGCCAACAUUAAGAAUCUCUCCUCAAAUGAUCAGAAACGCACUUUGUACUUGGUCCUCCACUAGAGGGCAGUAAUACACCACAAAGCGUCUCAUCAAACAAGAGGGAUUUGGACACAUUUUGCGCAUCAUUUUAACUGGAGCGACUCGCAAUUAUUAUCAAUUUAUUGUCAUCGGUUUUGGGUACAUAUUCGUGUUUUUAAUUUAUCAGCCGUCAUUUUGUUUUCUUGGUUUGGAGAUAAGUGUGAUUCGAUUUGAAAACCCUAGUCAAUGUAACGCCGUCAGCUUGAGCCGAGGAACAUUAGCUAGCAAGAUCUAACGUUAGCCAACAUGACUAGAUACAGCCCAUUUAGGCUUUGUAUUCAAGUUAUUUUAGACAUUUCCUGCAACUGUGAGUGGCUUAAAAAUAUUAAUUUCUUAACCGUCGUCUUUGUCCUUCGAACACUAUUCAUGUCUUUUUGCAACUUCACGUUGCCCGAGAUACGACUAUCAUACGAGUCCAAUUAUCUUACGCCGUUUGACGGACUCGUGGCCGCUACAACCUACAAGAGCCAUAAUAUUUCAUAAAAGAUUGGAAAAUAUUAAUGUAUCACGUUAGCCUAAUGAUUUUGAUGCAUUAUUAUAUUUCUAGGUUUUAGAGGUAUCCCGGUAGGCCUAGUGCUUUCCCCAUUUUUUCUGCGCAUUUCUUCAAUAAAAAGGAUUCUUUUAAAAUAGAUUUUAAUAUUUUAAGAUUUAAAAUAGUUUUAAAAAGUGGCCUUGAUAAUUUAUGUAGACGUUUGGACGGAAAAUGUAUCAGUGGGUAAUUUCACACUGAUAAACGAAACCGACAAAAUGCGUUUUAUAAUAACGCAUACCAUUAAAUCAACGCUAAUUCAAAGUUAAAAUAUUUUAAAAUAACGGCAGUUAGCUAGUUAAUGGUAUAGAACAUCAGAACAAAGCGCUACCAACAUUAGAUAACAUGGUUACCCCUCUAAAAAUGUCAGGAAAAUUAACUACCGGGAAAAGUUGUUAGUAACUGCGUUUUACUAAAAUUAGAAUUGCAAUAUUUUACCACAAAUGUAGCUUACUACAAUGAUUUAUGAUUUAGUAAAAUUUGUAAUUGCAGUAGGCUGUAUUAUUAUUCACUUGGUACCUUGUAUUUAUAUACAGUAUGAUAUUGUAAUUUUAUUUUACAGUAACCAUUUGUAAUUUCUGAAAUUACUGGCUUUACCUGGCAACUUGAAUUGCUGAUACAGUAGGCCUAGUCAUUUUUACUGUGUUACUGCUGCAAGAUUAGUUAUCUGUUGUUGUACAUAUAUACAUUUGCAACUUACCAUAAUCCAUAAUUUUAGCAGUACUUUGAGCAUUGUGAUCAUAAAAAGUAUAAGAAUGAUGGUUUUCACACCAGACUUAUUAGGCCACAGGUGCUGGAGACACGCAAAAGCCUAAAUUUAAACAAAAAUAGUUACAUUACAAACAUUAACACCGAAAGGUCUUAAUGAAUUAUUUCUUAAUGUGAUGCUUUAAUUCCUAUUAAGGAUUACUCUAUCCGUAUAGUUAUGCAACAGGUGGACUGAAUUUUUUUCCUUAUAGUUAUUUAUAACAAAUGAUAACUGUCAUGUGAUGGUCAAUGUUUUCAGAAAUUUUUAUCUGUGAUUUUUUAGUUACAUUGUAAAUAUUUAUGAACAUUAAUCUUUGACCUUCUUCACACUGCACCAAGUGAUGAUGAAUUCUGUUGAAAAUAUUGUGUUGAUGUCAUUGGCUGAUCAUCAAUGAUGUAUGUAAUUAUUGAAGUCUUUAUAAGAUCUUUUACCAUUCAUUCUAUGAUUCUUUACAAAAAACAGAGAGGUCCGAAAUGCAAGUCAUGUUAAUCAAUAAAGUUGCAA